CUGUUUUAAUUUGUUAUGUAAUACUUAACUAUGUUUUCUUGUAAUAUUGUCACUAUUGUCUUUUUUCAAUUUCUUUUGCAAUAUGUCUUGACAAAAAAUGUACUGGUUUUGGUAGUUGAUGAUGGAGGAUUUGAAAUAGGUGCUUAUGGAAACAAUGUAAUUAAAACACCAAACAUUGAUCUGCUAGCAGCAAGAGGUCUUUUAUUCAAUAAAGCUUUUACAUCAGUAAGCAGUUGUUCACCAAGUCGUGCAUCUAUCUUAACUGGACUUCCGACCCAUCAAAAUGGAAUGUAUGGAUUACAUCAUGGAAUUCACAACUUUAAUUCCUUACGAAAUAUAAAAAGUUUACCUAUAAUUUUAUCAAAUGAAGGGAUCAGAACAGGAAUAAUUGGGAAGAAACAUGUUGGUCCAGAGGAAGUAUUUCCAUUUGACUUUUCUCAAACUGAAGAGAACAAUUCUAUUCUGCAAGUUGGAAGAAAUAUAACAAAGAUUAAAUUUUUAGUUAGAAAUUUUUUUGAAAAAACAAAAAACAACUCAUUUCUAUUAUAUGUGGGGUUGCAUGAUCCUCACAGAUGCGGUCAUUCAAAUCCUAAGUAUGGAAAUUUCUGUGAACAAUUCGGUAAUGGGAAACCUGGAAUGGGCUUGAUACCUGAUUGGAUUCCAAUAAUCUACAAACCAGAAGACGUUAUUGUUCCCUAUCAUAUUCAAGAUACUUCUAUAGCUCGUGAAGACAUUGCAUCACAAUAUACUGUCAUUUCUCGUGCUGAUACAGGUAUAGGUCUUAUAUUAAAUGAACUAUCAGCUGCUGGACUUGAAAAUGAAACUCUUAUCAUUUUCACAUCAGACAAUGGUAUUCCUUUUCCUGCUGGUCGGACAAAUGUUUAUGAUUCAGGAAUAGCGGUUCCAUUAAUAAUCUCAUCACCUGACCAAAUAGUCUCAAAAAAUAAAACUACAUCAAACCUUGCUAGUUUGCUGGAUAUUACACCAACAAUAUUAGACUGGUUUAAUAUUCACUCAAAUGAACAUGCUUUUCAUUCAAAAUUUACUGGAAAAUCUCUUCUGCCAUUACUAAAUGGAGAAAUAAAUUCAGAGCAAAAAGCAGUAUUUUUUAGCCAUAAUUUACAUGAAGUUACAAUGUACUAUCCAAUGAGAGCAGUUAGAACGAAGAAAUAUAAAUUAAUACAUAAUCUAAAUUAUAGAAUGCCUUUUCCAAUAGAUCAGGAUUUUUACAUUUCGCCAACAUUUCAGGAACUUUUAAAUAAUACUAGAUUUAAAAAGCCAACUCAUUGGUACAGAAAAUUACAAGAUUAUUAUUACCGCCCAGAUUGGGAAUUGUACGAUGUAUUAGCAGAUCCAGAAGAAAAGUAUAAUAUUAUACACCAUUCUUCAUACAAUGUUACUCUGAAAAAGUUGAAAAUGAUUUUGGAAAAGUGGCAAGUGAAGACUAACGAUCCAUGGGUCUGUGGGACAACACAUGUUUUAGAAAACUCAACUUGUUUACCAUUAUAUAAUCUGUGAUACAAUCUUAUUUAUUUUUUAAAAAAUGGAUAUGUUCUCUACAUAUCAUAAUUUUAAUUAAAGCAAUCUGAGAAUUAAAUGUUUAAAAUCACUUAAAGAUAUAGCUUAUGAUUUAAUUUAUUAUUAAUCAAGUAUUUAUAUGGUCAUCAAUAAAGUUUACAUGAUAAUCAUGUAAUCAACUUUUA